CUCAAUGUUUAUCCUGUGCGGGAAGAGAGGAGGACACAUUAGACCCUACCGGUGCAGGUACAUCAGAGGUGGGCAUGGCAAGUAGGUGGGGUCGCUGCUCUCCAGUUUGGAGCAGAAAUCCCCAGAGGAUCAGACCAGUGCGGAAACAAAGGUGUGGGGAGCCGGUUUGGACUGCUGUCCGAAAGAAAACAAAGGAUUGUGAGCACUGAACAGCGCAUGGUCUCGACAUGCUCCCUGACAUCCAUCUCCUCUUCCUCCUAACGCUGGUGCUUCUUCAAGUCCAGCAGGGCGCCUCGGUGCAGGAGAUCCACACCGACCGUGAAACCGUUGUAAAGAUCAACUCAGCAGGAGAAAUGAUGCAGUGCUCAGCAGCCAUGGACAUCCUAUUCCUCCUGGAUGGUUCUUACAGCGUGGGGAAGGGCAGCUUUGAGAGGUCCAAACACUACGCAAUCAAGCUCUGUCAAGCGCUGGACAUUGCACCAGACAAGGUGCGGGUCGGCUUGAUUCAGUUUGGUUCCUCUCCUCGGCUGGAGAUCGCCCUGGACUCAUACACUACCAAAAAAGAGCUGCAGAAGCACAUGAAGAAGAUUUCUUACAGGGGAGGCAGCACGCAGACAGGCCUGGCUUUAAAAUAUGUGCUGAAGAAGGGUUUCCCAGGCGGACGCAACUCCUCCACAGUGGCCCAGAUUACCAUCCUCCUAUCAGACGGGAGGUCUCAGGGCAACGUGGUGCAGGCAGCUGCGAUGCUCAAAGAGACGGGUGUGGUCCUGUUCGCAGUGGGCAUUCGCUUCCCCAGAUGGGAGGAACUACAUGCUCUGGCCAGUGAGCCGAUGGAGAGCCAUGUCUUCUUUGCCGAGCAUUUCAAUGAUGCUGUCAACGGCCUGUACACCACACUCAGCACCUUCUCUGUCUGCAAUGCCACUCCAGCAGGCUGUCAUGUGGAAGUGUUUCCCUGUGAGAGGAAAACACUGGAGACCGUGAAAGAGCUGCAGGGGAACUACAUGUGUUGGAAAGGCUCCAAGGGUUAUUCCACAUACACGUCUCUCUGUCCUUAUUACAGGUACACAAAGAUGUACAAGAGACACCAGACCGUCUGCCACCGAACUAUCUGCCCAGAUCCCUGUGACACUGAACCCUGUCUGAAUGGAGGCACAUGUGUACCAGAAGGGCAAGAGGGAUACAUAUGCUUAUGUCCUCCUGGCUAUGGAGGAGACCCACACUGCGCUCCUGCCUUGUCCCUGGACUGCUCUGUAGACCUGCUGUUCCUGGUGGAGGGUUCUGCCACCCUCGGCUUGGAAGGCUUCCUCAGCCUCAAGUCCUUCUUAAAGCGCUUCCUGCGCAGCGUGAUCGGCUCCAACAGCCCCAGCAAAGUGGGCCUGGCUGUGUUCGGUGGAGAGACCAGAGUGGAGGCCCCAGUGGAUAAGUACAAAGGGGACUUGAAGGGUCUGCUGAAGGCUGUGGAGGCCCUUCAACCAGUCGGCGGCGAGGCCCUGACAGGCGAGGCAGUACGCUAUGUCACACGUCACGGUUUUGUGAGCGCGCCAGUCUUUGCGGACGUCACAGACGACCUGCCCCGCGUGGUGGUGUUGAUCACUGCCACUCCUGCUGCAGACGAGGUGGUGGAGCCCUCUAAAUAUGCACGAGACAGAGAGAUCUUCCUGAUCGGGGUGGGACCAGAUAAAUUAAAGGAACAACUGAAUAACAUCACAGGAAAUCCCCAGAGGACUAUCAGCUACACACCUGCUGAGUUCAGUGCCAAGAUCCCUGAGCUCAAGGCUAAGAUCUGCAGUGUUGAUCAGCAAGGUUGUCUGGGCCAAGCUGUGGACCUGGUGUUUGCCCUGGAUGCGUCCGGUGCUGUCAGCCCGGAUAACUUUGUCAUCCUGCGUGACUUCGUACGCAGCCUCACCGUCCAGUUCGACAUCAACCGUGACGUGGCUCAAGUGGCACUCGUGUCCUACGGUCGGCGAGCCACCACCGUGUUCAACCUGGACACCCAUGAGACCGGUUCCUCCAUCCUCAAGGCUGUAGAUGAAGCCAACUACAUGGGUGGAACUGGUUCAACGGGCUCCGCUCUACUUCACAUCCACUCCGAGGUCCUGACGGCGGCCAAAGGUGCCCGGCCCGGGGUCAACAAGGCCGUGGUGUUACUGACAGACGGCUCGGGUGGGGACGACGCUGCGGUUCCAGCUCAGAAGAUCAGAGAUAACAGAGUGUCGGUGUUUGUGAUUGGGAUCGGAGACGUUCAGAAAGAGAGGCUGCUGCAGAUCGCAGGUUCAGAGGAACACAUGAUCACCGUGCCUUUCUAUGAGGACCUCAAAUACUUUGAGGAUGUUCUGGUGCAGAUGCUGUGUUCAGAGGUUAAAAAGCCGGUCAACCUGUGCAAGCCCAACCCAUGUAUGAAUGAUGGGACCUGUAUCCUGUCUGGAGGGAGCUUCCGUUGUCAGUGCCAGGGCUAUGAAGGACCUCACUGUGAAACAAAAAGCAUCAGGCCUUCAUCCAGAGGAGAUCUCCCAAGGCGCGGUCUCAGGAAGAAGAGCAGGAAGAAGAAGAGUCACCAGGAGCUCCUGCAUCACUACAAAAUGCACCGCAGGAGACACGCUGUCUGACAACACAGAAACAAGCCACGUAUGGACACUUAAGAACCAAGGAUGAUAGCGGAUACAGAUGGGAGUAAAGGGAAAACUAAUGUUACUGUUUCAAUAUUUAUCUGGCACUCAAAAGUUCCAGAAGUGCCUUAAACUGCAGUGUCUAUAUGUGUCAUAGUCUGCGACUGUGCUCACUAAUGUCUCGUUGUGUAUUCAAAGAUGUAAACUUUUAUAUUUUAUUAUAAUAUAGAGUAUAUCUGAGUCAUGAUUGUAUUAUUUGUAUUGUAUAUUUAUCCACAGCCCUUUAACGGAUUACAAAAACAUAAAAGUUGCACCGAAAAUGCUUUAACCAAAUGCUCAGUUAUUGUUCCAUUAUAAUAUGUCUAUAUUGCUUUUACAACAGACCCUUCUAAUUUCACUCAACUGAUUCAGGUUCAUAAUAAAAAAGAUGGUUGUUUGCUCUCACUAAUGAACAAAAGAUAUAUACAAAUAAAUCUAUUUAUUUCACUAUUCGUUUAUUGCUUUAUAUUACUUUUUGGGAAACGAGAAGGAAUAUUAACACCCAAUAAGCCAUAAAAUUGAAAAUGACUAAUGAUUUAAAUUCUUAGGGGAAAAUUACAUUUAAACUCUUUGAACCUAGAUAAAUGUUUCCAGACUUCCACUCAUAAAAAAGUACUUAAUUUACAAGAAGGGAAGGUAGUUACCCUGAGAAAUAUGCAAUUUAAAAAUAAUUGUUACAAGGAAUCUUUGGUCCAUUUCCAAUAGAUAAG